UUAACUGAAUAACUCGGGAUAUGGGUUUAAUUCGAGUCUGAGGGACUGUCAGGCACGUUUAUAAACCGAUUAAUAUGGGUAAUUCGUUGAUUGGUGCGUGCUGGAGACACGAACCGUUUCAAACGAUUCAGUUCGAUUUUGUGAACUGGCUCGACCGAUUCACUAAGAAGAUCCGGUUAAAUAUAACGAUUCGUUCGCGAACCGGACAUCACUACUCGCUUGCCAAUCGCUAUUAACAUAAAAGAAGUUACCGCUAGAGCCAUAACACAGCUCUGGAUCUUCUGAGAUCUGCUCCUCCAACUACACAGCAAUUUACCAACAGUUCAGUUCCUCCCACAACAAUUAAUGAAAGGGUUUAUGAAAGAAAGCUGAAAACAUGACUGAUCCAGAACCCUGCAAAAUAAAACUGGAAGAUACUGAAGAACAAAUAGACUUGAUAGAAGAGAACAAAGAGAUUGAAGAACUGAUUAAAGAGGGGGAGAACCAUCAUGUCAAAACUGAAGAAGCAUCCUGGAGAUCCUCCUUAACAAUAAGAGACAAAACAUGGCCUGAGUGUGAAACAAAAGCAGUUAAAAGCAGUAAAACAUUUUUUAGACCACAUUUCCUGAAGGACCACCUCAAAGUCCAUACGAAGGACAAGACUUACGUAUGUUAUUUAUGUGGAAAGACUUUUAGUCACAUGGCUGCUUUAAAGAUACAUCAGAAAAGACACAGCGGUGUGAAGGAUCAUGCUUGCUCUGAAUGUGGGAAGACUUUUUUUACAUAUGCUGCUAUGAAAGUGCACCAGACAGUUCACACUACAGAAACACCUUACAAGUGUUCACACUGUGACAAGAGAUUCAAACGGUCAGAAUAUCUGAGAAUACAUAAGAGGAUCCACACUGGAGAGAAGCCGUAUACAUGUGAACAAUGUGGGAAGAGCUUCAGACUAAAAGAAAUGCUUAAUCGACACAUUGAUAUUCACAAUGGAGAGAAGCCGCACACUUGUGAACAAUGUGGAAAGAAUUUCACACAAAAAAGUAACCUUAUCAAACACAUGAAAAGACACAGUGGAGAGAAGCAACACACAUGUGAUCAGUGUGGGAAAACUUUUGUACGUAAAGGAACCCUUAAGGACCACAUGAGAAUCCACACUGGAGAGAAUCUUCACACAUGUGAUCAGUGUGGGAAAACAUUUGUGUUUAAAGGAAACCUUAAAGACCACAUGAAUAUCCACACAGGAGAGAGGCCAUACAGGUGUGAUCAGUGUGAGAAGAGUUUCAAACAAAAAGGUGCCCUUAAUGUACACAUGAGGAUCCACACUGGAGAGAAGCCACACACAUGUGAUCAGUGUGGGAAGAGUUUCAGACUUAAGAAAACUCUUAACGAACACAUGAUGAUCCACACGGGAGAGAAGCCAUAUGCAUGUGAUCAGUGUGGGAAGAGUUUCAGACUUAAGAAAGCUCUAAGUGAACAUGUCAUGAUCCACACCGGAGUGAAGCCGUAUGCAUGUGAUCAGUGUGGGAAGAGUUUCAGACUUAAGCAAACUCUUAACGAACACAUGAUGAUCCACACUGGAGAGAAGCCAUUCACAUGUGAUCGGUGUGGGAAGAGUUUCACACAAAAACAAGCCCUUGAUGUACACACGAGGAUCCACACUGGAGAGAAGCCAUACACAUGUGAUCAGUGUGGAAAAAGUUUCUCACAAAAAGGAGCACUUGAUUUACACAUGAGGAUCCACACUGGAGAGAAGCCGUACACAUGUAAUCAGUGUGGAAAGAGUUUCAGACUUAAGCAAACCCAUAAUGAACACAUGAGGAUUCACACUGGAGAGAAGCCAUACACAUGUAAUCAGUGUGGAAAGUGUUUCAGAAAAUACGGUGUUUUUAAAAAACAUCUGCUUACUCAUUCUAGAGAGAGACUAGAAAACUGUGACCAAAGCAAAAUAACAUUUCUAAAGGACCACUUGAAAGCUCAUACAAAGGAGAAGCCUUACAUAUGUUAUUUAUGUGGAAAGAGUUUUAGUCAGAUGAUUGCAUUAAAGAUACAUCAGAAAAGACACAUUGGUGUGAAGGAUCAUGUUUGCUCUAAGUGUGGGAAGACUUUUUUUACAUAUGGUGCAAUGAAAGUGCACCAGACAGUUCACACUACAGAAACACCUUACAAGUGUUCUUACUGUGAGAAGAGAUUCAAACGGCCAGACUAUCUGAGAAUACAUGAAAGGAUCCACACUGGAGAGAAACCAUACACAUGUGAACAAUGUGGGAAGAGCUUCAGACUAAAAGAAAUGCUUAAUCGACACAUUGAUAUUCACAAUGGAGAGAAGCCACACACAUGUGAACAAUGUGGAAAGAAUUUCACACAAAAGAGUAACCUUCUCAAACACAUGAAAAGACACACUGGAGAGAAGCAACACACAUGUGAUCAGUGUGGGAAGGGUUUCUUAGACAAAGGAAACCUUAAAUACCACAUGAAUAUCCACACUGGAGAGAAGCCACACACAUGUGAUCAGUGUGGCAAAAGUUUUGCACAUAAAGGAAACCUUUUCAAACACAUGAAAAGACACUCUGGGGAGAAGCCACACACAUGUGAUCAAUGUGGGAAGAGUUUCGCAGAAAAGGGAACCCUCAAUGAACACAUGAGGAUCCACACUGGAGAGAAGCCAUACACAUGUGAUCAGUGUGGGAGGAGUUUCACACAAAGAGGAACCCUUAUUGCACACAAGAAAACCCACAGUGGAGAGAAGUCAUAUACAUGUGAUCAGUGUGGGAAAAGUUUCACACAAAGAGGAACCCUUAUUGCACACAAGAAAACCCACAGUGGAGAGAAGUCAUAUACCUGUGAUCAGUGUGGGAGGAGUUUUAUACAAAGAGGAACCCUUAUUGCACACAAGAAAACCCACAGUGGAGAGAAGUCAUAUACAUGUGAUCAGUGUGGGUUGAGUUUCAAACGAAAAGAUAGACUUCAUGAUCACAUUAAAAUCCACACUGGAGAGAAGCCAUACACAUGUGAUCAGUGUGGGAAGAAUUUCAAACGAAAAGAUAGGCUUCAUGAUCACAUGAGGAUCCACACUGGAGAGAAGCCAUACACAUGUGAUCAGUGUGGAAGGAGUUUCACACAAAGAGGAACACUUGAUGCACACAAGAAAACCCACACGGGAGAGAAGUCCUACACAUGUGAUCAGUGUGGAAAGAGUUUCACUCAAAGAGGAAACCUUAAUGCACACAAGAAAACCCACAGUGAUGAGAAGCCAUACACGUGUGAUCAGUGUGGGAAGAAAUUCAAACGAAAAGAAAGUCUUCAUGAUCACAUGAAAAUCCACACUGGAGAGAAGCCGUACACAUGUGAUCAGUGUGGAAGGAGUUUCAUACGAAGAGUAACCCUUUACAAACACAAGAAAACCCACAGUGGGGAAAAGCCGUUCAUGUGUGAUCAGUGUGGGAGGAGUUUCACACAAAGAGCAAACCUUAUUGCACACGAAAAAACCCACAAUGGAGAGAAGUCAUAUACAUGUGCUCAGUGUGGGAAGAAUUUCAAACAAAAAGAAAGCCUUCAUGAUCACAUGAGGACCCACACUGGAGAGAAGCCAUACACAUGUGAUCAGUGUGGGAAGAGUUUCAUACGAAGAGUAACCCUUUACAAACACAAGAAAACCCACAGUGGAGAGAGGCCGUACACGUGUGAUCAGUGUGAGAAGAAUUUCACCCUCAGAGAAAACCUUAUUGCGCACAAGAAAACCCACAGUAGAGAGAAGGCUUAUACAUGUGAUCAGUGUGGGAAGAAUUUCAAACUAAAAGAAAGCCUUCAUGAGCACAUGAGGAUCCACACUGGAGAGAAGCCGUACACAUGUGAUCAUUGUGGGAGGAGUUUCAUGCGAAGAGCAACCCUUCACAAACACAAGAAAACCCACAGUGGGGAGAAGCCGUACACAUGUGAUCAGUGUGGGAAGAGUUUCACACAAAGAGGAAAUCUUAUUUCACACAAGGAAACCCACAGUGGAGAAAAGCCGUACACAUGUGAUCAAUGUGGGAAGAGUUUCACACAAAGAAAAAACCUUAUUGCACACAAGAAAACCCACAGUGGAGAGAAGUCAUAUACAUGUGAUCAGUGUGGGAAGAAUUUCAAACAAAAAGAAAGCCUUCAUGUUCACUUGAGGAUCCAUACUGGAGAGAAGCUGUACACAUGUGAUCGGUGUGGGAGGAGUUUCAUGCGAAGAGUAACUCUUUACAAACACAAAAAAACCCACACUGGAGUGGAACAGCACCAGACUGUUCACACUACAGAAACACCUUACAAGUGUUCACACUGUGACGAGAGAUUCAAACGGUCAACACAACUUCAAAUACAUGAGAAGAUCCACACUGGAGAAAAGCCUCAUCACUGCCAUUCAUGUGGAGAGAGAUUCACUCAAUUAUCUUCUUUAAUCUGUCAUAAAUUACAUGUGUGCAUGUCUGAAAUUACAGUAAUUGGAUAAAGUUCUAAUCCUGUACAUCCAGGUGCUAGGUAAGGCUGCAUUAAGUAAUUAUUUUGUUCAGAGAUUAUUCAAAUGAUUAAUCUUUUUGUUGAUGAUUUUCACAGAUUAAUCAGUAUCUUGAAGGAUUAUUCGGGUUGUUUGUUAAAUUGUUGAGUUACACCCAUUCUAAGAAAUAAAAUAAGGAAAUCACUUCAGUUUUUGAAAAUGUUUUCUUAAUAUACCUAGAGUAAACCGAAUUAUCUUUCUUCGGGUUUUCAGUCCUCCUCAGAAGUCAUCAAUACACUAACUUGCUCAGUACUGAAACACAAAAAUAAAUGGGAAUUUCAACAACAUAUAGGAGGCUAAAAUAUUCAUCUACAAACUAUUGUUAGUGGCAAUUUUGAGAACACUGAGGUUUGCAAGCUUGUCUGAGUUCAUUAUAAAGUUUAAGACAAAUGUUUUCAGAGAUGAAGGCAUAUGUGUUAUUGUGUGUGUGUGUGUAUAAAUUAAUCUCUUAACGAUAAAUGCUAAUAAUGUGGCCACUGGGAGACCACAGACAAUUGUGAUUCAUUACAAUUAAUGCUGGAGGAUUAAUCGUAUUGCAAUUGCAAUCGUGAUGUCAGCCUGUGCGAUUAUAUGAUGCCAAAAUGUUGCAAUUAUAUUAAAUAAGUGUGGACUUCAGAACACACAUUCUGAGAACACUUGUAUGCUCAGUAAGGAGACCAGAAAAAAUAUGGAUGCCGAGAAGAUCGACACUGAUCUGAUUUCUAAUCUCUCUCCAGCAAAAGUCUUGAUGCCCACACACACCGUUAGUAAAGUGGGAUUUCAGAAAAUGAUCCACACAGUGGACAAAGAGGUACCAGCUGCACUCUUGAAACGGUUUCAAUCAAGUUGCUAUCCCAAAACUUUAUAACUUGCACCGAUAUGAAUUUCAAAAGGAAAGGGCUACUGUGACAUUCUUUUCAACCACUACGGACCUGUGGUAAAGCAGGACAAGUGAACCGUUUAUUAGAUUGACUGUGCACUUUGUCGCCGAGGAGUUUGAAUUGAAAAGUGACUGCCUGCAAACAUUGUAUUUCCCCGACGACCACAUCGGAGAGAACAUAGCCUUGGGCUUGAGUGAGGCACUGGCUGCGUGGGACCUCUGUGCGGAGCGUCAGGUCGCCAUCACAACAGACAAUGGCACCAACAUUAUCAAAGCGGUAGAGCUUGAUCAGUGGACUAGAAUCCAGUGCUUUGGGCAUAGACUUCAUUUGGCCAUUGAAAAUGCUCUGAAAGAACAUGCACAACGCAUUAGCAGAGCUACUGGUAUAUGCAGGAAGAUGGUUGGCCACUUCUCCCAUAGUUGGAAGAAAAGAGUGACCUUGAGGGAAGCACAACGAGAGCUCAAUCUCCCAGAGCAUGCCAUGGUGACAGUCUGCUCAACACGAUGGGGUUCCACUCAGAAAAUGAUAGCAAGAGUCCUAGAGCAGCAAAGUGCAUUGUCCCAAGUUCUCUCUACAGACUGCAAAGUGCGACGCCUACUCCCUUCAUGGCAGGACCUGGAGGUCUUGGAAUCUGUAAACAAGUCACUAAGCCUACUCCAGGACUUUACAAGUGCCUUAUUGGGUGAAUGUUAUGUGAGCAUAUCUUGUGUGAAACCUGCUCUGCAACUUCUGAACACCUCAGUGCUGGCUGAAGAUAAAGCAGACACUGACCUGACCAAAUCACUGAAAUCAAAAAUUGUUAGCUAACUCAACAACAAAUAUACAGGCACACAGGACUUCACAACUUUCCUAAACCUAAGGUUCCGAACACAAUACAUCUCUGAAGAAGAGACCUAGACCUAAAAGGUACGAGCCAUCUCUGAGUUGAUAGAUAUUCACCACCAGCAAAUCUGUAGCCCGAAGCACUGCAGUGAUGGAGAAUGAUAGCAUGGAUGUGAAAAGUCCACCUGCUGCUAAAGCCCAAAAGAAAAUUCUGGGCAGUUUCUUCAAGGAAAUCACAUGCACAGCACCAAGAGCAUCAUUGUCAUCCACAUCUGGUUUCAUGGCACAGUUUAGAGAAGCAGUGGCCACUGAACUCAAUGCUUACAUUUACAUGCCAUGUAUAGAGCAGGAGAAAAUCCACUGAAAUGGUGUAAGAUCCACAAAGUAAACUUCCCUAGCAUUGAAAUAUCUAGGCAUACAAAGCUGUACAUCAGAGAGAGCUUUUUGCACCAGUUGUAAUGUUGUGUCGAAUCAACGCUCUGAAACCAGAGAAGGUGGAUAUGCUUGUCUUUUUGGCAAAGAACCUCUAAUGUGAUAAGUUUAAUUUAGAAAGAGGAUUUGGAAGUACCAGUUGGUCAUUAAA